AUGUCCGACUUCGACCCUCACAAUGUCGACCUCGACACCAUAGACCCCGUCCAAAUCACCUGCUACCUCAACAGCGGAGGCAACGAAUACGAUGGCCGCCUCGGCGCCCGCAUCUCCGCCAUCUUCGUCAUCCUAGUCGUCUCCUCGGCGGCAACAUUCUUCCCGGUGCUCGCCAAAAGGGCCCCCCGUCUCCGCAUCCCACUCUACGUCUACCUCUUCGCCAAAUACUUCGGUGCGGGAGUCAUCGUCGCAACAGCAUUCAUUCACCUGCUCGAUCCCGCUUACGAUGAAAUCGGCCCGGCCUCCUGCGUAGGCAUGACAGGCCACUGGGCCGAUUACUCCUGGUGUCCCGCCAUAGUCCUCACAUCCCUAAUGAUGGUCUUCCUACUUGAUUUCGGUGCGGAGCGCUACGUCGAGAAGAAAUACGGUCUAUGCCGUGAUGACCCCGAACCGAUCAUGGCGUCUGGAGUGGAAGUUAACCAGCUCGGUCUGCGGCGAUCAAACUCCAACUCUCAUUCACAGUCUACUUCCGCACUUGAUGCAAAGGAUAAACACGCUAAAGAAGUCGAAUCCCAAUCUAUGGAUGAGGGCGCAAUGGAACGUUCAUUCCGCCAACAAAUUGCCGCCUUCCUCAUCCUCGAAUUCGGCGUUAUCUUCCACUCGGUAAUCAUCGGACUGAACCUCGGUGUAGCCGGCGACGAAUUCGCAACUCUAUACCCAGUCCUAGUCUUCCACCAAUCCUUCGAGGGACUCGGUAUCGGUGCACGGAUGAGUUCUAUUCCCUUCCGGAAGGGCUCCUGGUUACCCUGGGCGUUGUGCACGGCGUACGGGUUGACGACGCCGAUCUCCAUCGCGAUUGGACUGGGUGUGCGGACGACGUAUAACCCCGGCUCGUUUACGGCGAAUGUGGUUUCGGGUGUGCUGGAUGCUAUUUCGGCGGGGAUUUUGAUUUAUACCGGUCUUGUGGAGUUGUUGGCGAGGGAUUUCUUGUUUGAUCCGCAUCGGACGAGGGAUGAUAAGAGGCUUGCUUUUAUGGUUUGUUCUUUGUUGUUGGGGGCGGGGAUUAUGGCGCUGCUGGGCAAGUGGGCGUAG